AUGUGGAAACUGAAAAGUAAACUAAAACGAAAAUUCCGUUCAUCCAAGAUAGACUGUAAUAGUAACCGAGUGGAUUACGAUGUGCGCUCUUUUGAAUCGGAAAGUCCUGCCAGGCCAGCAUCGGAACAAUCCGAUACAUCGGUGGUAGUGCCUGAAGGUGGCGGUUACCAUAGGCACGGUCGAGGUUGCUGUAGUGCACCGGUCGUGGGACGGCGAGGAGCUGGUGGCGGUGGUAGCGCUAGUAGCGAGAAUUCUUCCCUUUUUAGCUACAAUUGUUGCUACAACUAUAAUUUUCACAUAAACUACAAUGUGCAUCACCGGUUACAACAUCAUUUGGGACACCAUCAUCGCCACCACCAUCACCAUGGUAACGAUCGGGAAGGAACGGACGAUACCGAUGGAACGCUCUUUGGGAGUACGAGCUGUAUGACUGGGCUGGGGUCGGAAAGUUCAGCAGAUGUGUCGCGAAAACCCCGUCCUGUGUCUAGCGAACAACAGCCGCAAAGAACUCGUGCUGGAUCCAGGGCGUCCUCAACGAAAGUUUCCUCGGAACCAGACGUCGCUAACAAACGACUUUUGACUACCGAGAAUAAAACGGCUACACGUUGCCUUUCGACUAGUGACCUUUCUUCGUAUAAAAGCCGUUCCGAGCAAAGGUCACGUAAUGGGGAGGGAGCGAAGAAAGGAAAACCUUCAGGUACGCGAGGGCGACGGCCACAUUCGGCAUCGCAGCGAGGCAGAGCGGAUUCGAUCGAACAUACCGGUAACGAUUCGAUUUCCAGUGACUAUCAUGCCAUAUGUCGCCGGCUGCAUGCUGUCUCGCUUCAGCAGGAGUCCGUCAACCCUUCCGAAGGUCAUCCCGAAGAACUCAUCACGAACCGCACCGAUCUAACCGAUCACGAUCGUCGCAUUCUCCACUGCAUGGUUCUGAAGCGCAUAAAGGAGCUGGAACAGCUAGAGGAGGCGGUGCUUGCCCAGCAAUGCUGGGAGCAGGAGAAGGUAUUCCGCAAAUCGUUGCUCGAUCAGCAGGAGCGCAACUACCGCAAAGCCAUCCGUCAAAAGCGUACCAUCGAAAUGAUCGAGGUGCGCAAUCGGAAGCAACGGUUGGCCCGGCUUGAACAGCAACAGAUCGAAAAGAUACAGAACGAAAUCAGUGAAAAAGAUCUCCGGUCGGCCAGUCUGCUGAAGAACAUAGAAAUCAAGAAAGGCAUCCGGGAAUGUGAACGUAGAAGCCGCGAACUAAAGCGCCUGGAAGAUGCAACGGUUAACCAGGAGGAGAAGGUACUCGAUCGAGACAUCUGGCGCCAAUCGUUGGUAGAAACGCUGGAAGAGCGCGCCAACCGGGCGGAAGGUUUACGCCGCAAGGUGAUGGAUGUGUAUCGGCGGCGGUUAAAAAUCGAUAAUCAGCUCGAACGAAAGAUGCACGCACACAAUCUGAAGCAAACGCUUGAACAGGAGCGGUACAAGCUGUCGCUGCUGAAGGAACGUAUCCUGGUGCGGGAAAGCCGGUUUCAGAAGUUCAAAGACAGUAAGAAGCGCAUCUUCGAUCAGCUGAAGAAUCGUGCUAAAACGACCGCCGCCCUGCGAGAUAUGGUGCGGCAUACGAUCGGACCGGGAAGUUCGGCCACCACGGUGGUGACCGUUUCGGCCAGCAAUACCCGGCCCGGUUCGGUGGUCCAACAGCAGCAGCAACGGUGUGGUUCAUCGGCACGCUCUGCCGCCGGUUCGAUUGGACCGGUCCCACACAGAUUGCUGGAUGUGGUACGGAUAAAGUAG